AGAACAUGAAAUCAUAUCAAUUAAUGGUUUUAAUAGGAGGAGAAGCUGACGAAUGCGAAGACGAUUGUAUAGUAGGAUAUUCCUCUCUUGAUUUUGUUUAUAACUGAUCAUGCUAGUGUUAACCGAAUGAACACAAUUUCAAACCAUUGCAGAAAAAUUUCAAGGUCCAUCUUUCUUUCUGUUUUUUCAUCACUUUAUCUGAUUUUUAAUUUAUUCUCCUUCCACGGAGAAUGGGAAGUGAAAUUCCUCCGGUUCAUAUGUUGUUCUUUCCAUUCAUGGCUCAUGGCCACAUGAUACCGACUGUGGACAUGGCCAGGCUGUUCGCAAACCAAGGAGUGAAGACAACUAUAAUCACCACUCCGCUCAAUGCUUCUUUCUUCUCCAAGACAAUCCAGAGAAGCAAGGAAUCUGGUAUCGAUAUCGGUAUCAGGACUCUAAAGUUUCCUACUGUUGAGGCUGGCUUGCCUGAAGGGUGUGAAAACGCAGACUUGAUCCCGACUUCCCAAGAGGGAAGUGCGGACUUGGUCAGCAAAUUCUUCACAGCCACAGCCAUGCUCCAGGAACCCCUUGAACAGCUGCUACAUAAAUGCAAACCAGAUUUCUUGGUUGCUGAUAUGUUCUUUCCUUGGGCUACCGACGCAGCAAAUAAAUUUGGGAUCCCGAGGUUGGUGUUUCACGGAACUAGUUUCUUUUCCUUGUGUGCAUCGGAGUGCAUGAGGCUAUACGAGCCACACAAGAAAGUUCAGUCUGAUUCCGAACUUUUUGUGGUGCCUAAUCUUCCGGGAGAUAUCAUGUUGACAAAAAAGCAGCUGCCAGAUCAUAUGAAAAAAGAUAUCGAAACUGACUUUGCCAAGAUGAUCAAAGCAGUUAAGGAAUCAGAGCUAAAAAGCUAUGGCGUAGUAUUCAACAGUUUUUACGAGCUGGAGGAUACGUAUGCUGACUACUACAGGACUGUUUUGGGAAGAAAGGCAUGGCAUAUCGGUCCUGUUUCGCUGUGCAAUAGGGCCAUUGAAGAUAAAUCAGAGAGGGGAAAGAAAUCAGCAAUUGAUGAACACGAGUGUUUGAAGUGGCUUGACUCCAAAAAACCCAAUUCAGUUGUUUACAUAUGUUUUGGAAGUAUGGCCAACUUCACCUCAGCACAAUUAAAGGAGAUUGCCAUGGCGCUUGAAGCGUCAGAGCAUCAAUUCAUUUGGGUUGUGAGGAAACAAAAGAACAAUGAAGAAGAGGAGGAUUGGUUGCCAGAAGGAUUUGAGAAGAGAAUGGAAGGCAAGGGACUGAUAAUAAGAGGAUGGGCACCGCAAGUUUUGAUUCUUGAUCAUGAAGCAGUUGGUGGAUUUGUGACUCAUUGCGGAUGGAAUUCAACCUUGGAAGGCGUGUCUGCUGGCGUGCCUAUGGUCACCUGGCCGGUGUCCGCAGAGCAGUUCUACAACGAAAAGUUGGUGACGCAAGUCCUAAAGAUUGGAGUGGCCGUUGGUGUUCAACAAUGGGUGAGAACGAUCGGAGAUUUUGUGAAGAGAGAAGCAAUAGAAAAGGCGGUGAAGGACAUCAUGAAUGGUGAUAAAGCAGAAGAAAUGAGAAACACUGCAAAGGCACUGGCAAAAGCUGCCAAAAGGGCUGGUGAGAAAGGAGGGUCAUCUCACUCUGAUUUGAAUGCUCUGAUUGAAGAACUGAGCUUGCGUCGUCAUUGAAUCAACAGCCAGAAGGAAAAAUCAUAUUUCAUAUUUUUUAUGUCAUUUGGUGUUCCUUGAACUUAAUGCAUGUUUUGGGGACUGUGAACUGGGAAAAAUCAAUAUUUUCUUAUUGCUAUGAAUCUUAUUAUUGCCUUAGAUAAUAAUAAGAUAAAUUUAGUAAUAAUUUAAUCAUAUUACAAUUCAUGGUCAAGAUUGAAGAAAGAGUUUACCUACAUUAUUAUGGCACUAAUGCAAAAGUAGUGCGCUUCAAAACUUAGAUCGUGAUUAUGUACAUGUUGGA